AUGUUCUUAUUAAAUUAUGUUGCUAUUGCAGGUCGAAAUUUGACAGUUGAUAACCUCAAGCAGAAACUUGAACCAUAUAUUAUUGACACAGAAAGCCAACUUCGUGAAUCACUGCAUGAAAUUAUUGGAUGUUCACCAAAUAUCCUGGAUAAAGGAGUUGUAAAGUCUGAACAUAAAAAGGUGUUAGAUGCAAAUGUUGGAGAGCAUGUCUUUAUUUUUAUCAUUGAUGCUCAGGCACAUGAUGAUGAGACCUAUGAUUGUAAUGAAAUUGUGAUAACAUCAGAAAAUAGAAAGGAUUUUUAUGGAGAUAUUUUAGCAAAAAUGAAACUAAAAUUGCCAGGAGUUCAGAAAGGCAUAAAUUAUGUUAAAAAAACCAUAUUUAUUGGAGAGGCAAUAGUUAUCAAUUAUGAAGAAUUUUUUAACUUUCGAUUUAAAGAAUAUUAUAACGAAAAUACUAAUCUCAUAGAUGAUAAUAAAAAACACUCCUUUGGAAUGAUGGUUGGGAGAUGUGCAUAUGAUGAUGAACGUUGUACCAGUUCAAUUAUAACAAAUACUUUAAACAAAGAUCCACCAAAAUUUGACUUACCCAUAUCACCACCAGUUUGGACCUUCACUGGCCAUGUAAAAGAUCCUUCCAACAACGGUGAUGAUGAUUCCAUGUUCAGGCACAUAUACAAUGUCUAUACUAAGACUACAUCUAACACAUCGGUGAUCUGUACAUUAAAAGAAAAAAAUAAAGCUUCAUAUAUAGAAGAUGCAGUAAAUAAAAAGCCUAUUGUUUCAGUAUGUGGCGAAUCACUAUUAUGCAGUGGCUCGAUAUUUAAUUUCCCUAGUGUAAUCAAAUGA